AUGAAACCACUUAAUAAUAAUAACAAAGAAAAAUCUUCUAUAAGUUUUAGUAAAUUAUCUUUGACAAAAUCAGGGAAAAAAGUAUUGAAACAACUUUCUCCAAUACUUGUUCCAACUAUUACUCCUUCAACCGAAACUUUACCACCUUUAGAACAGCACAAUAUCAGUUUAAGUUCUUUAUCACCAACAUCACCAUCAUUAUCACCAUUUAAUUAUAAUGCUAGCUCACUGCCUGGUUCAAAUUAUAAAAGAAAACAUAGUUUACCGCCAUUAAUGGAACUUUUUACCAAUCAAAAUAAUAACUCAUCGUUAUAUCCUUCAUCACUAUCAUCACCACAAUCAACACCAUAUAUGACAUUAGCAGAAUUUAAAGCAAAUGAUGAGUUUCCACGCCAGCAAAGAACAACUUUAAUUGCUUUACAAAGACAAGAAAUCAGAUUGAAGAAAGAGGGUGUUAUAAAAGAAAUGAAUAAAGCGACGUUGCGUGGAAGAAAAAAAGAACGAAAACUUUCCAAAACCAGGGAAUCACUAAGUAAUAGUAAGCCAUCUAUGUCAAAUACUAGACGCUCUUCUUCUGGUGUUGUUUCACUAAAGUUUUUGGGAAUUAAAAAAGGAAAAAAAAGAACCACUUCAGUUUUAUUGAAGAAUCUAGUACUUGCAAUUCGUGAUCUUAAAACUUCUGAUGCAUUGACGAUUCUUUCAUAUUUAUCAAGUAGUGCAUUAAAAAAGAAAUCAGCAGUUGAAGCAAAUAAAGCUUUUUUGUUGGCAAUGUCAAAUCGUUUGGAGGAUUUAGCGUUGGCAAUGUAUGAGCGUGGAAUUCCAGGAGAUAUCAAUGCACCGAUAUUUGUUAAAACUACAAAAAAUUCUUUGUCGGAUAGAGGGCCACGUACAAAUAGUUAUUAUGGUGGUCAUAAUAGUAGGGCAAAUAUGAAUCAAACAUGGUUUGGUAUUUCUCCAUUAAUAAUUGCAACUGCGCAAGCAUCAAAAACACAAUCAGUUGAUCGUCGUUGCUCAUCCGAUACACAAUCAUUAACAAACGCCGCAUUACUUGUUAAGCUAUUACUUGAUAAUGGUGCAGAUCCAUCUUUAGGUAUACCAUUGGAACAAUUUAAUAAUGUCAAGAAAUUAAAGGCUAAAAAAUAUAUGAAACGCUUAGAAUUAUUUAAUUCUAUUCAGUCAUCACUUAAAAAUAAUGGCGCGAAUAGCGGUGGUGGUGACCCUCAAAGACUUGCAUCUGUUCCACCCCAAUUUGGUAGUGAAAAGUCAAAGGAAUAUUUGGAAAAAUUUACAAAAGGAAGAUGGGUGUAUCCAAUAGACAUUGCUGCUGUUUCCGGUAAUAUGGAAGUUGUAAAACUAUUGUUAUCAAGAUUGGACACAUCACAAAUUGCAAAUAGUUCAUUUUGUUUAUCUGUUCAUAGAGAUGUGAUGCUAACAUUGGAACUUGUUCGUGCUGGUGCAGAUGUUAAUCAACGUGAUUCAAGAGGUAAUAUGGCAUUCCAUCUUGCAGCUCGCUCAGGGCAUCACGAUAUGGUGGUUGUUUUAUUACAACUUGGUGCUGAUGUCAAUGCUAGAGGUGAAAAUGAUUGGACGCCACUUCAUGAAGCAAUUAGUCAAAAACAUUUAAAUAUUUGUUCUAUGCUUGUUACAGCUGGUGCCAAUGUAAAUUUGACAAAUGGCAAAGGACAAACUAUCAAAGACUUGGGAAUUGAGACUGGCUUAACGGAAAAACAGAUUGAAGAAUGUUUGGAUAACAAAGAAAAUUUACAAAAAGAAAAAAAAACAAAAGCUAAUUUAACAGCAUCAAAAAAUGAUAUAUUAUCAUCAUUUAAAUCUGUUGAUUCAACCUUCUCAUCAUCUAACAAUAGUGAAAGUAGAAGUGGUGAAUUUGGCGCUGGUGGAUUUGAUGAAAAUAAUACCUUUUCUAAUGAUAGUAAUAAUCGUUUAGGCGAGGAAACCCUUGAAGAAUUAGAAAAAUCUUUAAAUCCUCCUCCGAUUGAUUAUUAUGGAAUUCUAAAUGUUUCUAAAGAGGCCACCGAAAAUGAAAUAAAAGAUUCUUACAAAAAAUUGUGUAGAACUUUUCAUCCUGAUAAACACUUAGAUCCGGAAAGUAAAAGUACCGCGGAGAAAAAUUUUCAAAUAAUUCAUAAAGCUUAUGAAGUUCUUACUGACCCUACAAAAAGAACAAUUUAUGAUAUGUUUGGCGAAGAAGGUUUAAAUACUUCAUGGGAAGUUGGCUAUCGAUACAAAACUCCUGAUGAGCUUAGAGAAGAGUUUGAAAAAAAAGCUAGAGCUCAAAGAGAAGAAGAUGCAGAGAAUUUAGUUAGAUCAAAGGGUGACAUUGUUUUAAGUGUUGAUGCAAGACAAUUAUUUGAUUCGUAUGAUAUCCAAAGGUAUAACAUUGAGAAAAAGGAGAGAUUUAAAUUUAAUGACUUAUUUGAAAAAAUUGAAAUAACUCAAUUAUACCUGAAGAACUCUUUUGAGACUCAAUUCCAACCUGAAACAAAUGGAAUCAUUGUUGGCCAUACAGUUUUACGUAAUGGAAUUGGAGGUGGAAAUAUUAUCGGAACAUUAAGGCACACAUUUUCACCAAGUUUUUGGGCAGAAGUUGGCGCAUCUCUUAUUGAACCAAGAUUGCUGACUGUAAAAGGAACUUAUAACAUUGAUAAUGAUAGUUUUAUCACAUGUUUUGGAGACGCCAAUACAAUCUAUGCCCCUCCAACGUUUGAAAUUACUGCUGGUAGAAGAUUAGGUGGAUUUAACACUGGUUAUCUAACCUAUAAAACUGGUUCAUGGAUAUUAGGGCCUUGGGGCAGAAGAUAUUCGGCGGGUGGUUUACGAGGUCGUGUUGGUGCUAAAUCUGCUGUCGCAAUUGGUAUUACUGGAGCAAACGAUAGUAAAACUGGUUAUGGAUUGGAAUUACAAACUGGAAUAACGCAAUCACAUCUUUCUGCUAAUUAUAACAUGAAAGUAUUUGAUGAUUAUCAGUUAAGAGUUUCAACAACUUUAUCUACAUCAAGUGGCCUGACAAAUACUAUAAUGGGUGAAAGAAAAGUUACCAAUAACACAAAAGUUGCUUUAGCUAUCGAUUUUGGAAUUCCUACUGGAAUUAUUUUUAGAUGCAGGUUUAAUCGUUUAGGACAAAAAAUUUCCAUUCCAGUACAUGUAACUUCUGAUUUGGAUUUUAGAUUUAUUUUAUUUGGCACUUUAGUCCCAGUCGUUUCAAUCGUUUUCACGGAACAAGUUAUAUUAAAACCAAGACGUAAAAGAAUAAUGGCAGAGAAAAUAGCAGCAUUAAGACAACGUCAUUCCGAAUAUAUACAAAGUCGUAGACAAGAAGCAGAAGAAGCAAUUCGUUUGAUGAAGCCAUCUGUCGAAAGAAAAAUUGAAACAGAACAUGCAAAGGAUGGUUUGAUAAUUUUGGAAGCUUGGUAUGGCAAUUUGUCUGAUGGCGAUGCUAGUGUUAUCGCGAGGGAUGUUUUUGAUGUGAGAAUACCUGUACAAGCUUUGGUACACGAAUCACAAUUAUCUAUACCAGGUUUUUAUGAUCCAUGUAUGGGAGAGAAAAAGAAAUUAAGAAUUAGGUAUCAGUUUAAACGUAAGAUACAUGAAGUUAUUGUGGAUGAUAGAUCAACUGUUGUAUGUCCUUUACGAUCUCAUGUUAUAUCUGGUUAA